AUGAGAGAAUAUUAUUAUAAUUGUGACAAAGCUAUAAUUGAUAAGUCUCGAUUUUUGCCACUUCUAGAUCAUAAUGGAUUUAUAAAUAAAUAAAUUAACGAUAUGUAUUUAAGGUCCCCUUCUUCCAUGCGUGACAUUCCUCCGCGCUCCGUGAGGAGCCGUGCUGGCACAAGCGAAAAGGAUGGACUUCCAUCACUGGUUAUCUGAGCCCAGGCCGAAACCCCUGGUUUCUCGGUAGUGGUUGCCCUAUUGGAUCGUCAGCCAACCGUCGCCGAGCACCACCAUUUCCAACUCAGCCUUUCGCCCCGAGUAACGCCAGUCUUUGUCUCCGGUUGGCCAGAUCGUCCAUUUAAGGACCCUUUUAACUGGAAAGACCGCCUUUAAAGUCGUCUAAUCUGCCUCCCCUUUUACCAGCUUAUCCGCUUGAUAAAUCCUCAAUCGCUUCCGCGAUUCGGGGCAGACCACAGUAACAGCUUGAGCAGGCAAGUCGCCCUGCUCCAUAUCGGGCACCCACUGGCUUGGGCGCUGCUGGAAAAAGGAGAUACUACUAACUGCCCUAGGAUCUGGUCACGAUCAGACGGGACUGUGUUCUUCCCUGGUCGCCACCAGGGUCCAGAUAUUGCUGGGCUAAGUCGCUUCUCUCCCGAAAACCAUGCCCGGAUAUACACGGAUUACCGUCACUGGGAGGAUGGGUCGGUCGCCAUACGCCAUUUUAUGUAUAUAUAAUGGAUUUAUAAUUGAAUGCAAUCUUUCAAUUAAACUUACAGCUUUUAGCAAUGAGGCUUAUUAUAUGGUAUCUUUCUCUAAGCAUAAAACCUCCCGGCAAUUAAUCCUUUUAUCAGAGGAUGGGUUUGUUUAUAGCCACACUUCACAACUAUCAACCUUAAUUGAAUCUGAAAAUGCAUGCUUGCAUAAUAUGAUGAUAUCUGAAUUAUUCUUAGGAAUUGAUUUUAAUAAUUUUCGGCUAUUUGAGCCAGUUAUAAUUCAGCUUAAAAAUAAAAAGCUCGCUUUAGUUCGCAUUGUAAAAGCACUAAAGGCAACCAAAAUCCAUACAAUUUUAGUAAUAAGUGAUCGUAAUGAGAUAGAAAAGUGGUUAAAAAAAGAAUCCGAAGAGCAAAUUGAAUAUUUCAACGCGGUUAAGCUAGCAACUGAUAUGAUUUUAGAUUGCGAAAGAGACGAUAAUGAGAUUAUAUAA